AGCGCAAGGCUGGUGUGCGGCUUCGCACCUUUUUCUCUUCAGCUUUUUUCACAUUAAGCAAAAUUUCCUCCUUCGCCAGCUCUACGCCAAUUCGCGUGGACCGAUUUGAAUCGAACCCAUUCAAAGCCUACACUAGAGCGCCCUGCCCUUUUUGCCUGUAGAGAAAAUAUUUUCUUGUCGCAAAUUUGUUUCUCCCACUAGAGCGACGGGCCGCAGUUACUUUAGAAUUACACGCCGGUUUCCACUAUCUUGCUUUUCUGUACACUUUCCAACCCUUCCUGUAUACACCUGUAAUUUCAUUCCCACCCUCCCCUCAGCUAGAUAUCCGCAGCACGCUCUUUGUACAAAAAUAAACCAUGGAUUCAAGCAACACGAUAACGAUCAGCGGACCGCCGUCCACAUCGAGCACGGCGGCCAGCGGACGGCCAGCAGCCGAUCCACCAGCGGACGCGCCAGACCAACAGCUCUGGCAGACAAUUGACGAGGCACGCUCAUGCAUAGUGCUCGUGGGCAACCGGGCGCUAGCGCAGGCAGACGAGCAGGAUCUCAUGACGGAUCCAAGCAUCACGGCAUUCUGCUCGCUAACAGCAGCAGCCGACAAUGCAGAGCAGCUGGAGCAGGCGUCGCAUGUGUAUGGAAGGCUGUCGAGCUUCUGCGGCUCACUGGCACGCGCCAAGCCCAGCGCCCUACAGGCACUAAUUGGCCACUUGAUUUCUGCCGACAAGCUGGUGCGUCUGUACACGGACGAUGUACACCUGGCGCCCUUGGGAAAUGGCAGUGAGCUCGACCUGCGUACAGUGUUUGUGCGCGGCAGUGCGACCAGAUUCGUGUGCAAGGCAUGUACGGCCAAGAACGCACUGACGCAGGCAGUGCUGUUCAAGGCAAUGAGCUGCAAGGACGUGAAGUGCGAGGUAUGCGGGCAGCACGGGCCGAUGGCCAGGUGGAGCAGUGAUGCGGAGGCAGCCUUUGUACCCGAUAUCUGCGGCGGCUCUGAGAAUCUGCAGGUCGCCAUGGGUCUGGCUGACGUCGAUGCAAAGGCAAAGAUGCUGAGCCGUCCGAGUGGGUGGUCCUCGGUGCUAGACAAGGUAUCGGAGUCGGCGGGACACACGAUCGUGGUGACGGACAUCGAAUCGUUUGGCCAGAGGUGGGAGGCACACCAGGCCAUAACCGAGCAGAGCUCGCAGGAGAGCACCAGCAGCGUGGCAGAAAGGGCCGGGACAUUGCAGGCAUUGGACGCAAGCAGCACGGCGGGCAGCAGCGACGAGCGAUCGCACAGUCAGGGCAGUGGGACGUCCCGGAGUGGCAAGCGACACGGCAAGGGCCGCAACAAGGGCGAAAAGGUGAACCUCAACCACCUGCUGAACUUCUCGCUGCCGGUGCGCAUGCCGUCGCCGCUGCCAGCACCACGUGCCCGCAAGCACCGCGACCCUGCGCCCAGCGCGCGGCAGUCGCAGCUCACCAAGCGCACGUUCAUCAACGCCAAUUUCCGGUUCGUGCUCAGGCCUGAGAAAUGGAGCCAGUUCACGCAGGUCGCCGAUAAGCCCGAUGUCCACGUGAAGUGGGAGUGGAUUGAGCGCGUGGUCAUGCCGGUCCAGGGAGACUCGGUCCAGUGCCCGAUCUGCCUGUCGCCGCCGGUUGCCGCGCGCGUCACAAAGUGCGGGCAUGUGUUUUGCUUCCCGUGCGUACUGCGCUAUUUGGCCAUGGAGACCGAGAAGCCCGAUGGCGAGAAGAAGUGCCCAAUCUGCUGGGAGCCGGUCGCUGGCACCGACGAUUUGCUGCCUGUGCAUCUCUGGAAUGCCCGCUACCAGCCGGCCGCCAGCAGCAGCAGCAGCAACAGCAGCAGCAAGCCAGUGCACAGCGCGUCGUCGUGCCUACCCGAGGGCAUGCAUAUUACCAUGCGACUGAUGAAGCGUCUGCGGGGGUCGACUAUCUGCCUGCCGCGGCCCACGGCGUCGAUGCUGUUCGCCAAGGGACUGGCUCCGCACGUGGUCACGGAAAAGAGCGAUCCACUGGACCCGCACACCAAGGACACUCAGCGCCUGACGUUCGACAGCUUCCACUUCCCAUGGACAUUCACGCAGCACGCCAUGCCCUUUGCAAAGUUCCUGCUGGCCGGCCACACGUACUGCCGCGAUGAGUACGCGCGCGAGCUGCGCGAGCUCUCGGAGGAAAGCAAGCUGACUGGGAACGACCCGAUGGCGCAGAUGUUCAUUGAGUCGGCCGUUGCCCUGGUCGAGCUGGCCAUCGGGCAGACUGAGAAGCAGAGCUCUGAGAAGCUCGAGGAGUCUGUGCGCAAAACCCAGACCGCCGAUCAGCCCGACGAAAAGACCGCCGACCACACCGACGACUUCCGGUACUUUUACCAGGCCGACGACGGCCAGCACAUCUACAUGCACCCGCUGUACAUGCGGGACACGCUGGACAUCAAGCUGCGACACGCUGUCGAAUCGACCAUCACCAGCGAGGUCCGCCAGCGCUUCAAGAUCCUCGACCACCUGCCGCUGCGCUGCGACGUGAUCUUUAUUGAGCCCGAGAUCAAGCACCUGGUCAGCGCACGCUCCCUCGACAAAUUCCGCGCGCAAAUCGCCCACCGCGAGAAGCAGCAUGCGGCGCGCGCCCGCCACCUGGCCAUUGACGAGGCAAGGUCGGCGGCCAUGGCUGCGGCAGCUGAGCAGGCAGGCAGCGCGAUCCAGUACCGUAGCGAGUGGACCCGCGAGGGCCACAACCGGUACGGCGAGCUGCAGACGUACUCGGGCAGCAAGCCCGAUGCCGCCAGCUUUCCGGCCCUCAGCGGCUCCGCCACGCCCGCCAAGGGCAGUGCUGUGGAGUCGCCCAAGACGCCGCGCGAUCUGUGGCCGCGCCAGCCCGCUAAUACCGGCACGGGCGAGCUCUACAAUGAGCUGUGGGAGGAGUUUGAGCGCAAUGCCAGCCAUUACGACGACUACGACGAGCAUGACGAGCACGAUGAGCCUGACCAUGACUACGACGACAAGUACUUCCAUCUGAGCGAGCGUGCUGGCGCCGAUGCACGGCCUGCGCAUCUCAAGCUGCCCGAGACCCGCUCGAAGAAAAUCAAGAACAAGGCAAAGGCCAAGAUUGUGCUGUCGGGAUCCAGCGGGAUGCGCCGGCGCUGA